ACAAGAUUAUGAAAAUGCAUAUUUAUAAAAAUGCAUACUUAUUACAAUGUUAACAAGAUUAUAACUGUUCUUUGAAUGUUCAUAGAAGUGUGUUUAAGAAAAGUGAAUAAUUUCAACAGCUUUGCAAAUUAAGUAGCAAUAUUCUAAGUGUUAUUAUAAAUAAAUUUGUUUUAAUUUUCCAAAUAAUUCAGCUUAAUUUUCAUAUGCCUGUUGCUCACUCUAACUUGAAGGAAAUACAAAUUAGAUGCUUGGCUACGGAGUCAACGGUUUUCCCGGUUUGCUGCUUCUUCAGUCUUUUUUAUCUAAGCUAUAUUUACUUGCUAAUUUUCCAAGACAUUUCUCUUCUAAAGCUGUAUAUAUUCCUAUUCUAAAUUGUCAUUUGUGAUAAAUCAUGUAAACCUUUGUCUUCCAUUGCAACAAUCUGGAGACUUCCUUUAACUAAGAGUACUACAAUGUGAUGGUGGUGUUAGAAUUCAAGAAGAGAGUUCAAAUAUUGCAGUAACUUGCAUUUAUAUGUCUAUGUCAUAGUCAGCAUUCUACAUAGCAAUGAAGGCGGCUCUGGUGUUCUUCACAUUGCAUGACUUGAAACAUUAUCUGCCAUUGGAAGGAUUUGCAGGUUGAUACUCAACCUGUUUAGAUGCAUUACCUAUUCACCUUUCGGCCUUCAAAACAUUGUUGUGUUGUGAAACUCAACCUCAGUGGGUCAGAGACAGAGACACUAUCCACUGUGCCAUAAGACUUCUUUCGUAUCAUAGGAAAUACAGGUAUUUUGGAAAAACUGGAUGAGGAAUAAAGCAGCAAAAGAAUAUGCAGAUUGGGGUAAUUUAAGAGAAAGGACAUAAAUUCCUAAUGGCUUGUUCUUUGUAAUUCUUUGAAUUAGAUAUUUUCAAAUUAACAUGUUACAACACACCUCUGAAGCAUGCAAGACUUAAACCGAGGCCUUCAGAGGGAGGGACUGUGCCACAAAAUCUCCCUGUUAAAGACUCUUCAUCAGAUAUUUUCUCUAUCAAUCUAUUAAGAAAUGCUAUAACACACAUCUGAAGCAAAUGGGACUUGAACCCAAGCCUCCUGUUUGUAACAUCAGCAACACUAUGCCACAAGGGACUUAAGUCUUUGAUACCUUGCUUUACAUUGCUAAGAUCAUUUAACUUCUUCAAGCUCACAUGUAAAUUACGUUGAAGUAUUUUGCAAAAUUAGAACAAUAUGUUUUAUGAUAACAUUUCUCCUGAAUUUAUGAUCAUACUUUAACUUGCAAAGAUGUUGACACCAUUGUGGAGUAGCUCAACCUGACGAUGAGUCCGCUGUGAAAGGGAACAUUUUUAACUUUAUGUGAUUUAUUGCACUUGCAAUUAUUUAAUUAUUAUUUCUUUGUCACCUUAAUGAACACUGAAUGAAUUCUUAUCCAAGAACUCUGAAAUAACAGCUGUGAGAAUUGAAGGAUGAUAUCACUUAGAGCAAUCUCAGUGAUUAAUAUCAGUGAUUAAGAUGAUCACUGCAUUUGGAAGAUACUUCUGGCUUCAUUUCAACCAUCAACACAUUUACAAGACCUGGAAGCCAAAGAAGCUUCAUCUUCACAGUGCCUCUGUAAUUAACAAAGAAAUGUCCCUUCGACAGCACGGUCUGCAGAUCUUUCAGGCAGCAAUCAAUGCUGUUUUGCCUCAAAACAUGAUCAAGAAGAACAUUAACAUAGAAGGAGACAGAUUGAUGAUACAAAAUCAGUGCUUCCCUGUCCAUAAAAAUGUCUACCUUGUUGGAUUUGGGAAGGCAGUGUUGGGAAUGGCGGCUGCUAUGGAAGAGAUCUUGGGAGACCAUCUGCUGCAAGGCGUGAUCAGUGUUCCACUUGGCAUCCAAAAGAUUCUUAGUGAGACAGGAAAAGAGGACAUGCUUUUGAAACCUCAGACAAAAAUACAAGCAAUGGAAGGAGCCAAACAUAACCUCCCUGAUGAGAAUUCUUUAAAGGCAGCCAACAGUAUUCAUCAUUUAGUGGAAGGACUUACUGCAGAUGACCUGCUAUUUGUGCUUAUCUCAGGUGGAGGGUCAGCUUUAUUGCCAGCUCCAAUCCCCCCUGUCACUUUAGAGGAGAAGCAAUACCUGACCAAACAACUUGCUGCUAAGGGGGCAACAAUUCAGGAGCUCAAUACAGUCCGCAAGAUGCUGUCGUUGUUGAAGGGUGGAGGUUUGGCAAGGGCUGCCUAUCCUGCACAGGUGGUGAGUCUCAUCAUGUCUGAUGUUAUAGGUGACAAUUUGGAGUAUGUGGCCAGUGGCCCAACUGUACCUACCUUACACAGCAAGGACGACUGUCAUAAGAUACUGUUAAAAUAUAACUUGUUAUCAUCCAUGCCAGAAUCUGUAAAAGAAGUUCUGUCUCAGUCCAGCAUGAAAAUGGACAAAGAGGAGACCCAAACAUUUGCUCAUGUUUGUAAUUUUAUUGUGGGAUCAAAUACAAUUGCCUUAGAGAAAGCAAAAUGCAAAUCAGAAAGCUUGGGUUAUAAUACUUCUGUCCUAUCUAGUGUAGUCAGUGGAGAUGUCAAGACUGUGGCUAAAUUGUACAGUCUUUUGAUUAGAUAUGUGUGUUCAGUUCUGGCAGCUGCCAGUUCAAAAUAUGUACAUGUAAGCAAAAUGAAAGAUGAGAUCCUGCAGAUGGUCGUAAACAUGGAGCUUCCUGAUUUCCAACUAGAUGGCUGUUUGGAACUGUUGGAGGAGACACAGCAUUCCAAGAAACCAAUAUGCCUUUUGGCAGGGGGGGAAACUACAGUUCGACUCCAGGGUAAAGGUAAAGGAGGUCGAAAUCAAGAGCUGGCCUUACAUCUAGCCUUGGAACUUCACCAUGCAAAAUCAAAGAUUCCACAAGAUCUACUUACAAAGUAUGAAGUUAUUUUUCUUAGUGGCGGGACUGACGGACAAGAUGGGCCCACUGAAGCAGCUGGUGCAUUCGCUUACAGUGACCUGGUUGACAAGGCCUUUGCUGAAGGGCUGAACGCAGAGGACUUUUUAAACAACAACGACUCCUUUACCUUCUUUAACAAGUUUAAUAAUGGAGUGGACCUUAUUGUGACAGGGCUGACAAACACUAACGUCAUGGAUAUGCAAGCAAUUAUUAUUCAACCCAAUGAAAUUUAAGUCUAAUAUUAGCCUUUCAUGAACAAAGAGAGGUGAAGAAGAAUUUAAUUUCUUUAUAAAGGGACAUAAUAUUGUGCUCACAUAGUAUUGUAUCAUCAGUAUAGGGGACAGGGAUGCAUGUAUAAUUUUAAUGUGUUGAACACUGGCAUUACAAGUUAAAGCAAACAAUGUUGGAUCAUAUGUGCCACAAGCCGGCAGCGUUUUGACAGCCAUUAUCGCUGACCUUACAAACAAAGCUAUUUAAAUAAAAAUGUAAAUAUUCAAGCAUU